CUACACACCUGCCCCAGUCCCAUCAGCCUUUCUCUCAUCCCCUUCAACCUGGACCAGGCAGAGAAGGGCAACUCCUGACAAGCACUGCACUAACCAUCACUGCAACAGCUAGCUUGGUGCCUCAGUUCCCCAUCUGGAAAAUGGGGAGCCAUCGCCAUGGGUGGGGUGCUUUGGGGUAUCAAAGGGAGAAGCAGAGCACAAGUCACACUGCUUUUUAUACAUUUUGUACAAGGAUCACUUUGGAACCAAGCACCCUUCCUGCCGCUGGUUUUAAUGAAGGGCACUACCACAUCGCAAGCCACACCACUUCAGGAUGAGAAUUUUCUAAUAAACAUUUUCUGAUACUAAAACUGCUUCCUUUCGUAUUGCCCAAAGGUCUGCCCCAAGCUGAGAGAAGAGAAGGCUGGACAAGCCUGUGUCUUGGAAAUCCAAGUUGCUAUGUCCCCUCUUUGCAAGGAGAUGGGGCAGGGAGAGCGAGUUCUAGCCCCCAAAGAAAGGACUCACAGCAAUCAACACGCUGCUCCAUCGUUCUCAUGAGGCCUGCCGGCCCUUUAAAGGGAACUAGACUCUUAAACCCCAGGUGUUUCUCAGCAUGGCAGGGGCUCCCAUCGGUUCCCACUGGUUCCUGCAGCAGAGAGCGCCAGGCCUCGCCAGCCCCCGGCCGCCCUCUACCACCAGCGGUAGUGGGCCAGCGCGCGGUUGGCCUCGGCCAUCUUGUGCAUGUCAUGCUUCCUCUUGAUCACAGGGCCCUGGUUGUGAAAAGCCUCCAGCAGCUCCUGCGACAGCUUCUCCGGCAUCAGCACCCGCCGAUGCUUCUUCUCCCUGCACUCAGCGAUCAUCCACUUCAUGGCCAGGAAGCGGCGACGCCGAUCAGCUAGCGGCACAGGGACCUGGGAAGGCGGGCCGUGGGCAGCUUCCAGUGUCUGCAAUGAGAGACGACGGAAGAGGCUGCCCCGGGCUCCCUAAAGGGUCUUCCCAGCUGAGCUAGGAUCUUGCCCUUUACUCCCGUCACACUGUUGUUCUCUAACUGUGCAGCUCCUCCCUCCGCACUGCUGAAACCAGGAUCUUCAGUGUCUCCCUCUUCCCUGGACCAGGAAAGAAAGAGUGGGCUAAGAUUUGGGAUAUGGGGAUGAGGAAUGGUAGCUGUUGACUCCUGCAGGACUUCAUUAAAGCCCCACUCCCACACAUGCAUACAGGGAAGUUAAUUUCAACGACAGCUACAGAAUCCGUUUUUUUUUCAUGCUAAAACGAAAGAGCCAAGUACAAAGCUACGGGGAAAAGCAGAGGGACUGUUUACCUGUGUCAUGAGGGAUCUGGCCAGUACUUUGUUUCCUCCUUUCAUCAUCAUGUUGGUGAAUUUACUUCAAGGAGAAAAGCAACAUGUUUAGCCUCUCAAGGCCGUGUCAGGGAAUCCUUACUAUAGACCCUCCCUGGUAAAGUCCCGGUCCUUGGAAAAAAACUUUGUUUCCUUCUAACCUGAUCACCGGGUCUUCAAACACAGAACUUGUUUUGGUCGCGGGGGCGGCUUUGAUAAGUUGCGUCUUCUUGAAAUCCCGCUCAUACUUCUCCUCCUCCGUCUGCUCCGCCAACGGCUUGCGGUAAUAUUCCUUGUCAAUCUGGGGAUCCUUGUAUUCAGGACCAUAGCGGCUCCACCUCACCUGGGUUAGCCUGGAGGCGGGGAAGAGGAAGAGGAGGGCAAAAGCUGACUCCACAAGUGAAAUAGCUUGACUUAACAAUAGGCAAGGGUGCCAAUCCGCCGACGAGUGAGAGCGGCGCGGAGACCGCUAGCCAAAGGUGAACCCCGAUAAUUCUGGUUCCCGUCCCAAGCAGGAGGAGAACUUUCCCCCAAACAGGCCAGGAAGUGCCAACGGUAAGGACGGGCCUGAAACUCGGGAUAGGCGCCCCGCCUAUGCAUCUCUCCCCCUCCCUUCCAACAAAGAAAAUCCCAGCUCUGCGUUCUUUAACAGGAUCGCACUUUCGGCGCUAAGUUAGAACCCCUCGAGCGGGCGGGAAGUCACUAUGUCUUCAGACUGACCCAAAAUCACCCUGCUGGUUAAAGAGCCAUGGAGCCGGACAUCCCAGCCCCCUGGUUCCCGCGCGGCCUGUCUACGGCCCCUCUUCCUUUCCAGCAGGUCUCUCCGUGAAGACCCAAACGGCCUCCCAGCUACAGGCUGCCCUCUCACCCUGGAAACCGGAGGACGGCAAUCCGCACGCCCAAGGCCGAGCACGACCACCCUCGCGCAGCCUUCACCGCGGGGGCAGCCAUCUUGGCUGGCCACGAGGACCCCACAGAGACUGCCCUCGGUGCGCCUGAGCUGGUGACAGAAGUCCGGGAAAGGCUGCACAGGCUCCUAAACCUGGGCUUCACCCUAUGGGGGCCUUAAGAGUCUCUCACACCGGGGUCUAAGGUGAAGAGUCAAAAGGAAACAUUCGCGCUCCCAUUAUUCGCCGCAGCCUGGCGCAACCCUCGGUGGCGGCGCUCUCUCUUCUCAGGGCCCUAUGCAGGCCCCGCCCCAGCUCAGCUCUUGCAGGUUCUCGCGAGGUUUGAGGCCGCGGGGCCGGCCCGGGCGGCUGCAAUAUGGCGGAGGCGGAAGGGGAGAGCCUGGAGUCCUGGCUGAAUAAAGCCACCAAUCCUUCCAACCGCCAGGAGGACUGGGAGUACAUAAUUGGCUUUUGUGAUCAAAUCAACAAAGAGCUUGAAGGGCCACAGAUCGCCGUCCGACUGCUGGCGCAUAAGAUCCAGUCUCCGCAGGAAUGGGAGGCGGUCCAGGCCCUGACGGUGCUGGAGGCCUGCAUGAAGAACUGCGGCAGGAGAUUCCAUAAUGAAGUGGGCAAGUUCCGGUUUUUGAACGAGUUGAUCAAAGUCGUCUCUCCAAAGUACCUGGGGGACCGGGUGUCUGAGAAGGUGAAGACCAAGGUCAUUGAGCUGCUCUACAGCUGGACGUUGGCCCUGGCAGAGGAAUCAAAGAUCAAGGAUGCCUACCACAUGCUGAAGAGACAGGGCAUCGUGCAGUCUGACCCGCUGCUCCCUGUGGACAGGACGCUGAUCCCCUCUCCCCCGCCUCGUCCUAAAAACCCGGUUUUUGACGAUGAGGAGAAAUCCAAGCUUUUAGCCAAGUUGUUGAAGAGCAAGAACCCAGACGACCUGCAGGAGGCCAACAAGCUCAUCAAGUCCAUGGUGAAGGAGGAUGAGGCGCGGAUCCAGAAAGUGACCAAGCGCCUGCACACUUUGGAGGAGGUCAGCAACAACGUCAAGCUGCUCAGCGAGAUGCUGCUUCAUUACAGCCAAGAGGAUUCCUCAGAGGCAGAUAAAGAGCUCAUGAAGGAGCUGUUUGACCGGUGUGAGAACAAAAGGCGGGCGUUGUUCAAACUCGCCAGUGAGACGGAGGACAACGACAAUACUUUGGGGGACAUCCUGCAGGCCAGUGACAACCUUUCCCGGGUCAUCAACUCUUAUAAAACAGUCGUCGAAGGGCAAGUCAUCAACGGUGAGGUGGCCACCUCAGCCCUUCCUGAUUCUGAAGGAAACAACCCUUCCACUCACCAGGCCACGCUCAUCGACCUCGCCGAGUCGGAUGCCCCAAGCAGCUCGUCCCCGGCCCCCCUCGCCCCCACCAGCAUCCCUACCCUCCCGCCACCCCCCCAGGCCUCAGCACCUGGGCGCAGCCACUUGUCCAGCCAGGCUGAGGUCCCCCCGGGGCCCAACAGCACGAGCCCGGCCCUCUGCCUGUUGGAUGAGGAGCUGCUCUGCUUAGGCCUCACGGACCCUGCCCCGACUGCUCCUCCCAGGGAGUCUGCGGGAAGCAGCCAGUGGCCCCUGUUCCAGAACCAACAGUCGGACCUGGACUUCUUCAGCUCCAAACCUGGGCUGGGUGCCCGCAGCCCCUCAGACGGGCCUCUCCUCCAGCCCUCAGCAGCCCCCACAGGCAACUCCCAGGCUCCUGGGGCCGCAGCCAGCGUUCCUGCUUCCAGUGCAGGCCCCUUCUUGUUCUCUGCUGGACUGGCCCCAACUGCAGCCCCCAAAGCCGAGCCCACAGCCCCCGGGCACCAGGGUUCAGCUUUGGGCAACAGCACCCUGCACCAGCUUGAUGCCCUGGAUCAGCUUCUAGAAGAGGCCAAAAUGACCUCGGGCCUGGUGAAGCCUGGCUCCUCCAGCUUCUUCCCCGGGGCGGCCGCCUCCCCUCUGCUCCCCGCCAGCACCUCAGCUAGGCCUCUCCUCCCCUUCUCCACGGGGCCCGGCAGCCCUCUCUUCCAGCCACCUGCCUUCCAGCCCCAGGGCAGCCCCAUGGAGGGGCCUGAGCUGUCCCUGGCCAGUGUCCACGUCCCCCUGGAAUCUAUCAAGCCUAGCAGUGCCCUUCCUGUGACGGCCUACGAUAAAAAUGGCUUCCGCAUCCUCUUCCAUUUUGCCAAGGAGUGUCCCCCAGGACGGCCUGAUGUGCUGGUGGUGGUCGUGUCCAUGCUGAAUACGGCUCCCUUGCCUAUCAAGAGCAUCGUGCUGCAGGCCGCAGUGCCCAAGUCGAUGAAAGUGAAGCUGCAGCCACCCUCUGGGACAGAACUCUCUCCAUUCAGCCCCAUCCAGCCACCUGCAGCCAUCACCCAGGUCAUGCUGCUGGCCAAUCCACUGAAGGAGAAGGCGAGGCUUCGCUACAGGCUGACCUUCACCUUGGGGGAGCAGCUGAGCACGGAGGUGGGCGAGGUGGACCAGUUCCCUCCUGUGGAGCAGUGGGGGAAUCUCUGAUCCCAGGACACUGUCACCUGCACUUUGGAGCCCAGGCAGGCUGCCCUGGGACAGGAAGCUCUUCAGGUCCAGUCUUUCUCCAUGUCCUGACGGCACUGCUUUAGAGCUUUGAUAGGGGACAGGGCCCUGGGCAUUGCUGCCAGAGGCCAAGCUGCUGCUGCGAUGAUCUCUCCUCCUUUGGCCCCUUAAAAGGACCUUUUUUAUCUACCUGUGUGACUUGAAGUGGCCACGUACGUCAGGGGUGGGGCGUGGCCAGACGCUGCACUAUCUCCCGGGAACAUGGACCCAAGGCCAGAGUAGGUUCUUCCCCCGUUGCUGGCAGCCCGUGGUGCCCCAAGAGGGGAGAGCCCACAGACAGACUCAGGGCCUUCCCUCAAGGACCAUGUCCCCACGGCACCCCCACCGCCCCCCAGGGUCUCAGCCCCAUUGCUACUCCGUGCUUCUCCUGCAGGCUCCCCCUCUCACCUCGAGGGAGGUGGGCAAAGCCCGGGGGUCCUGAACUGCCCCAAGUCGGGAGCCGGCGUAUCACACUGGCCCUGGCUUCUGUGGGCAGCAGCGCUCUGGAAUGGCCACUGCAUGAGCUGUGUGCUCGUCCCUGGAAGUGGCAGGCUGUGUCCUGUGGACAUCUCAGUAGAGACAGAACUUGGCCUCAUGGCAGCCUGAAUUAUGCUAGGAAAGAAGGAAGAGAGCCAGUGUUCCCCUUCUCCGGCAGCAGGCACUUCCUGGGAAAGCCUGCCUCCUGCCGUGGCAACAGGCCGGCCUCCUCACUCACUACCUCUCGCUUGGCAUGAAGUAACCUGCUCUCCUGCCCGUCAGGCCUCCGGGAGGCAGGACUGCUCCCACCGCCCUGUGUCCUCCUGCUUCAGCCUCCCCUUCCUCCGACCAGAUGGCCUGCGGUGCAGCAUUCAGGUGGGAACAGGAGGCUUCAGGGUCAGGCACAUUGCACUAGAUUUAUGUCCUUACCUGCUGCCCAGAAAUCCCAACUGCUCAGGGGCACUGUCGGCGAGAUGUUGGGUCUGGAGGUGGUGAGAUUACAGACCUGCUCAAAUCGAAUCACCAGACCCUAUUGCUUCAACAGUGCUCAGCCCCAUCUACUAGAUGCACCUGGACCAGGACUCUAGGACAGAGCGCACAGCUCACCUGAGCUCAGCGGGAUGGGCUCAGAGCCAUCGCCAGGGAAAGGUGGCACAAACCGUGUUCCCUGACCCUCCCUGCUCCCGCCAGGCUUUCUUCCUCUGUCAGGAGGUCAUCACUCUUCCCGCUCCGCAAGCAGGUUUCACUGCUCCAGUCAAGUGAACCAACUUCACUACUUGAGGAAUACAUCCAAGAGCUUUCCAGAGGGGCUGCUGCAGCCUCGGGAAGGUCUGUGGGACUGCUGUAUGGAAAUGUCCCUUUACAAUAAGCUUUAGACUUUACAGUUACUUAGGGGUGUUACUCAUUACCACUGAGGUCACUGCCUGGUGACAGCAGCUGUGCUGGAUGCAUCACCGGCUGCCCUUGUUUUGCUGCAUGUUAAAUAAAACCAUCUGCACCCUACUGGGAAUCCUUC